CUACCCUGUUCGUCAGUAACACACGCGUUACUGGCCAGCUACCUUCUCCAAUCUGAACUUGGCGAUUAUGAGGAUACGGAAGUCGGUGCCGGUCUGUGCAAGCAACUCAAGCUGGUCCCACCGUCAUCUUGCACUCAGGAGCUAGAGGAAAAGGUCGUAGAACUACACAAGACACACAGGGGUCAGACACCAGCGGAGGCCGAACUGAAUUAUUUGGAGAAUGCGAAGAAGCUCGCCAUGUACGGGGUGGACCUCCAUCCAGCCAAGGACUCGGAGAAUGUCGAUAUCACGCUAGGAGUUUGCUCGUCUGGUCUUCUUGUGCAUAGAGAGAAGCUCCGCAUAAAUCGGUUCGCGUGGCCGAAAAUCCUGAAGAUCAGCUACAAACGACACAACUUCUACGUGAAGCUGCGGCCCGGCGAGUUCGAGCAGUUCGAGUCGACGGUCGGCUUCAAGCUCGCCAACCAUCGCGCCGCCAAGAAGCUGUGGAAGACAUGCGUAGAACAUCAUACGUUCUUUAGGUUGAUGUCGCCCGAGCCGGCAGCCCGCAGCUCCCUGUUCCCGCGGCUCGGCUCGCGCUUCCGGUACAGCGGCCGCACGCAGUACGAGUCGCGCCGCGCCGCCCCGCCCCGCGCGCCCCCGCACUUCACGCGCACGCUCUCCGCGCGCCGCCUCGCCUCGCGCAGCAUGGACGCACUCGCUGGAGAAAAGGACGAGAGUCUCCCCGGGGACGCGGCCAAGCGGCACACCAUGCCGCCGCAAGCCGCGCCGCGCCCCGCCGCCCGGGACAAGAAGCCCCCACCGGGAGCCGUGAAGGUGAUGCCCACUGGCCCUGUCGAGAGGAAGGAUGAGAAACAACCGGUGGAGCAGAGAAGACCUGCUGAAAAUGGCACCGACACGACCAGCGACCCCGGAGCGAUGAACAACUUCGAACAGUCUCCGAAGAAGUCCAAGGGAGGAUUCGGCUUAUUCGGCAGCCGUAAAGAUAAGUCGCCUAAAGAAAAGUCGCCGAAACGUGACAAAUCGCCUAAACCGGACAAGUCGCCGAAAACAAAGGACAAAAAGGAGAAAGAACCUAAAAUCAAAGUGGCCGCACUUGACACUUCCGCCGACAGCUCCAACUUGGAUAGUUCUCUGGAUAAAAGUCCGAAUAAGGACGAGAAACCGAGCUUUACUAAGCCUUACGAGUACACGGACACAGAGAAGAGCCCCUCGCGCACUAAGCCCUUCAUUCAAGGAGGGUUCAGUUACGAAAAAGAACCAAUAUCUGAUGGAAAACAAAGGGCUGGUGAUGAGGCUCAAAGUCCGACUACAAGAAAAGCCGGACUCGCAUUCAAUUACGCACCAGGUGAAGACAAAAAAGUUGCUGAAAGCGCUGAAAAACGAAAAACUCCUGAAGAUCCUAGCAAAUUGAAAACGCCUGGGUUGGACUAUGUACAAUCAGCAGCUUUGAAGGAGCAAGCUAAGAAUUUAAUCGAUCCCACAUUAGCUUUGUUGGACUCCGAGAGAAUGCACCAUGAAGUACCAACGCCGCUGCCGGUCGUGGCUCCCAAACCAGACAAUGAGGUACAAGUUGUCAUAAUUACUGGUAAAUAUAACCCGAAGUCAAAGAAACUAGAUGAUGCUAACGGAACCAUCCUUAUUACCAAAGGAAUGCUAAACAAGUCUAACGGCAAGAUACAGACUGACAAAGAAUUAAUCAAUACAAAGUCUGGACAAGUUAAUUACACGGAUCCCGCGACAGGCAAACAAGAAACGAAAAACGGUCACGUGGAUUCUAAAUCUGGCCAUAUAUUAUUUACGUCUGCUGUAGUCGACCCGAAAACUGGUAAAAUUGAUCCCACAUUGGCUCAACAAUAUUGUUUCGUGGAAAAAUCUUUGGAUAAUGUUGGCAAUAAGCCUGGUCGUGAUGUAGAUUUGGUUGUAAUAACUGGGAAAUAUGACGGCAAACAUAAGAAAUUGGAUGCUUCUCACGGACACGUUGAUGUGUCUAGAGCAGUAGUUGGGCCCGACGGUACUGUAAGUUCUAAUUACGGUCUGAUCGACCCACGAACGGGAAAGAUAGACUACAUUGAUCCGAAGACAGGCAAACAAGAACCCAAACAAGCCUACGUCGAUCAAAAAACAGGAAACCUUCUGGUUACGACCGGCGUUGUUGAUCCGAAAUCUGGUAAAGUGGAUUCUUCACUAGGUCAACAGUUCAGCAUCGUCGAAAAGGACGCAACUAAAGCAAACAGAGAAGUGCGACUGGUUGUUGUUACGAGCAAAUAUGACAUAAAGAACAAGAAGCUAGAUCCAACAUUCGCUCACGUUGAUUCCGUUAAGGGAGUUCUGAGUGGAUCUGAUGGUAAGAUUUAUACUGAAUAUGGCAUAAUUGAUCCUAGAACUGGAGAGAUUCAGGUCACUGAUCCCAAGACGGGCAAAGAAGAAAUUAAACAAGCCCAAGUUGACCCUAAGACUGGAAAUAUCCUUUUGCUGUCUGGUGUUUUAGAUCCAAAAACAGGACAGUUGGAUACAAAUUUGGGACAGCAAUAUAGCAUCGUUGAUAAACCUAUAGAUACUUUUGGCCCAGUACCCGGUAAAGAAGUGCAGGUCGUGGCUAUUACUGGGAAAUAUGAUACUAAAAACAAGAAACUAGAUAAUCCCAAUGGCUUUGUUGAGACAUCCCAGGGAAUUAUAAGUGAGAAAGACGGUAAAGUAUACACAAACUUCGGUGUGUUAGAUCCGAACACCGGGAAAAUUCAUUACACUGAUCCGAAAACUGGCAAACGUGAUUCCAGACAAGCCAAUAUCGAUCCUAGAACAGGAAGUUUUCUUCUUACAUCCGGUGUCAUUGAUCCUAAGACAGGCAAAACUGACUCUUCUUUGGCUCAACAAUUUAAUGUCGUCGAUAAAGAUGCGCCAAAAGGCAUUCCUGAAAGAUAUGCUAAUCUGGUUAUUAUCACGUCCAAGUAUGACCCCAAAAACAAGAAGUUAGACAUCACAAACGCACAUAUCGAUAGCGUUCCAGGCAAAUACGACUUUGAUGACAAGGUUCACACUGAUUUCGGUGUCGUAGAUCCGGCAUCGGGUGAGAUAACCGUUAUAAACCCAGUUACCGGCAAACAAGAAGUGAAGAAAGCCACGGUAGAUCCCAAAACUGGUAAUAUGCUGCUGACCACUGGGGUUGUGGACCCUCAGACUGGACAAGUUGAUCCUACAUUAGGACAACAGAUUACUGUAGUAGAUACGCCCAGAGAUAAAUUUGCAACAGUACCGGGAAGACAAGUUCAACUCGUCGUUAUUACAAGUAAAUAUGACCCUAAAUACAAGAAACUUGACAAUCCGAAUGGACAUUUGGAAACAUCACGAGCUAUAAUUGGUAAUGACGGUAGAGUCCACUCUAACUUUGGAGUGAUCGAUCCCAAAACUGGAAAGAUUGAGUAUAUUGACCCUAAAACUGGCAAACAGGAAAUCAAACAAGCAGUUGCUGAUCCUAAAUCGGGUCAUCUCAUAGUUUCUGCAGGUAUCGUAGAUCCCAAAUCAGGAAAGGUUGACUCGUCUUUAGCCCAGCAACUGGCUAUUGUUGACAAGGAUUCUAAAGCUAUUCCCGAGAAAUUCGUUAACUUGGUCAUUAUAACGUCCAAAUAUGACCCCAAGACUAAGAAGCUAGACUUGGUUGAUGCCCACGUGGAUACUAUACCCGGUAAAAUUACACCUGAUGAUAAAGUACACACUGACUUUGGAAUAGUAAACCCGAAUAACGGAGAAAUUAUUCUAACCGAUCCUAUUACGGGCAAACAAGAAAUUAAAAAAGCUAGUGUUGAUACAAAGACUGGCAAUCUACUUCUUACCUCUUCAGUAAUCGAUCCACUUUCAGGACAAGUUGACCCCACACUAGGUCAACAGAUCAGUGUAGUCGAAAAACCUAAGGACACAUUCGCCACAAUCCCUGGCAAAGAAGUUCAACUCGUAGUAAUCACGAGUAAAUAUGACCCCAAAACAAAGAAAUUAGAUAACCCUAAUGGAUUUAUUGAAACGUCCAAGGGUGUUGUAGCUUCUGACGGUCAAGUACAUACUAACUUCGGGGUCAUAGAUCCUAAGACCGGCAAGAUCGAACACGUUGACUCUAAAACAGGCAAACGUGAAUUGAAACAAGCCACCAUCGACUCAAAGACAGGACACUUGACCAUAAGUACCGGUGUUGUGGAUCCCAGAACAGGAAAAGUCGAUCCUGGUUUGGGUCAACAGCUGACCAUUGUUGAUAAAGACGCUCCUAAAGAAAGAUAUGUCAAUGUGGUCAUAGUAACAUCGAAAUACGACCUUAAGAACAAGAAACUAGAUCUAUCGAAUGGACAUGUUGAUACCCUUCCUGGAAAAAUUGGAGCUGAUGGUAAGGUACACACAGAAUUUUGUGAAGUCGACCCAGUCACUGGAGAAGUCACUCUAAUAGAUCCUAUUACCAAAAGAAGAGAUGUCAAGAAAGCAACAGUUGACCCUAAAACUGGAAAUCUGUCGCUCACGUCUGGAGUCGUUGAUCCCCAAACAGGUCUAGUCGAUCCUAGCUUAGGACAACAAAUAAGUGUUAUCGAAAAACCAAAAGAUACAUUUACUCCUAUACCAGGAAGAGAAGUACAACUCGUUGUUAUAACUAGUAAGUACGAUCCUAAACAGAAGAAACUUGACAAUCCUAACGGUCAUGUCGAUACUUCGAGAGGCAUCGUAGCUGCAGAUGGUCGAAUUCACACGAAUUACGGUAUUAUAGACCCUAAAACAGGAAAGAUUGAAUACGUAGAUCCCAAAACCGGGAAACAUGAAACUAGACAAGCAUUUGCUGAAUCACCAAUUGGAUUCAAAUCGGGCACUCUCAUAUUGGCCUCUGGAGUCGUUGAUCCAAAGACAGGCAAGAUCGAUUCAUCUCUAGCACAACAACUUACUGUUGUUGAAAAAGAAACGAAACCCGUUGAAAGAGAGAUUCACUUAGUUAUAAUAACGACUAAAUAUGACCCAAGGACCAGAAAGAUUGACCCAAGUCAAGGUCAUGUUGACACUGUCAGUGGAACCGUUAGUCCGGAUGGUAAAAUACGAACGGCCUUCGGAGUAGUUGAUCCCGCUACCGGAGAAGUUUUAGUUACGGAUCCAAGGACAGGAAAGCAAGAAAUUAAAAAGGCUCAAGUUAACCCUGCAACUGGCUACAUGGUUAUCACAUCAAAUGUCGUCGAUCCAAAAACUGGUAAAGUGGAUCCAACCCUUAUUCAGCAAUUUAGUGUAGUCAAUAAGCCCGUUGUGCAACAUACUAAACCAGCUUCUAAAGGUGAAGUUCGUCUCGUUAUUGUCACAAGCAAAUACGACCCUUACACCAAGACAGUGGAUGCGGGUACAGGCGUUGUGGAUGCUUCUAAAGGAUACGUUAGCGCUGAAGAUGGAAAAAUACACACAGAUUUUGGUAUUAUUGAUCCGCGAUCUGGACAAAUACUUUACAAAGAUCCUCUGACCGGAAAACAAGAACUAAAACAAGCUGAAAUCGAUCCCAAGAGUGGUAACUUGAUUGUCACGACUUCUGUGGUAGAUCCGAAGACGGGCAGAAUUGAGCCUACAUAUGCUCAGCAAAUCACUGUGGUUGAUAAACUAAAUGUCAUAGCUCCAGCAACCCAGAGAGUUAGUAUUUCACCAGUAAAACAAAUACCCACACCUGUGAAAACAAUACCCUCUCCUCUGCAAUCACCAGUUCGCACAUCGUCGCCGAUAGUAAGCAGUUAUGCGCAGAAAUCAGCACCUUUAACUCCAACCACGCCGAAAUCACCUGUUAAACCUACUAUGGCGCCUCCAGAACCACCCAAGCGAAAGAUUGUUAAAAUCAUGGUCAUCUUUACUAAACUUGAUCCUAAGACCAAGAAACCUGAUAUGAAUACUGCGGAAGUCGAACAUUUGACCGGUAUUUUAGAUCCGAAUGGCUUAAUUGAAACCAAGUAUGGUGUUAUCAAUUCAAACAAAGGUUGUAUUGUAUUAAGUGACGGUGCUGGUCAAAAACAGAACAAAGAUGGAAUAAUUUUGCCGGAAACCGGGCAGAUCUUUAUCAACUCUGGAGCAAUUGAUCCGAAGACUGGUAAGAUCGAUCCUAACAUGGGCAUGCUUUUAAGCGUCGCGAAACAGGACGAUCCCGUGGUUGAGAUCACAACUAUAACUGGCCCCAUUGACCCGAAGACUGGUAAAGUUAGUGUAGAUGACGGUACAGUAGAACUCACAAAAGGAAAGGUAGAUGCCGAAACUGGACACAUUUCUACGAAAUAUGGUGUAAUUGACCCUUCAAAUGGUGUCAUAUUUGUAACCGACACUUCGGAUACAAAACCUGUCGAAAUUGAUGAAAACAAUGGUCAGAUUACUAUAAGAGGAGUUACUGACCCGAAGACUGGAAAAGUGGAUCCUAAAUUGGGUCAGGUGAUUGUUGUUGGCACUCAUAUUGAUCCUGUAGUCGAAGUUACUACUUUUGUUGGUAAAGUUGACAACAAAAAAGGAAUUAUCGACGGCAAACACUCUGUAAUAGAAAGUACCACUGGACAACUGAAUCCUGUUAACAAUAAGAUAGACACUAAAUAUGGUCAAAUUGACUUGGUAAAGGGAACAGUAACUUACAAUGACCCCAAGACAGGCAAAUUUGAAAGUCACGAUUUGAAAGUUGACCCGGUUACAGGACAGUUCUUAUUGAAAACCGGACAAGUCAACCCUAAAUCUGGUAAACCAGACAAAGAUGUUGGCCGAUUGAUAUGCUUGAGAAUUAUUCGUAACAAAGUCGAUCCUGUUUCCGGAAAACAAAUUGUUUCUAAUGACCCGAAGAACGUCAAGGUAGAUCCAAAGACCAACCAGAUUUGGAUAUCUGGUCCCAAAGAUCCUCAAACUGGUGAAAUAUUGUACACUGCAGGCCAAGUAGACCCUAUGACUGGAUAUAUCAUCACUAUUUACGGGCGAAUGGACCCCAGAACGGGAUAUAUUGUUAGAACAACUGACAUUGACAAAUCUUUUAUAAAAGUCGAUCCAGUUAAUGGACAAAUAUAUACUGCUACUGGUGAAGUAGAUGAAAACAAUGAGCUUCUAUACUCUGCGUCGCAAGUUGACCCUGGCUCCGGAGAAAUUUAUACUAAAUUGGGUAAAGUUGAUCCAAAGACCGGUCGCAUUGUGAUUGUCAAAAUAUAUGUAAUAACACAGAAAGAUGACAAGGGCAGGGUGAAGGAAGUCGAUCCAAAAGAAUGUACAAUCGAUGAGACCACAGGCAGGAUCAUUACCACUAAAACGGUCUAUUUGUACCAGAUUAUUGACCCAAUAACAGGAGAGACCAUUGAUGUAGAUCCAGAUGAUCCCAGACUCAAGGGAGCCAGGACAACAGUCACUCAAACUAUGACUUUGUCUGGCAAGAUUGAUCCAGUAACUGGUAGAAUUAAAACAGAAUAUGGUGACAUUGAUCCAGACACUGGCGACAUUGACCCUAGCACUGCAGUCAGGGACCCUGUAACUGGACAAUUAAUUCUACACUACUCUCAAAUCGAUCCAUCACAUUUCGAAGAUAAAAGCGGCAACUACACGAUAGAGAAGGAGACGCAAGACCUACCGGCGAACAUUGACAUCCAAACAGUAAACACGCAUAAAUUUUCUACGUUCGGUAAAGACGAAAGUCCACAAAGAGGCGACGAACCCAAAACCUUCACAGAGUACACGACGAGCGAACACAUCAGGCACCAGGGCUACGUGUCUUCCAACACUCCUUUAUCCUCUAAGAUCCCCGUUUCCCAACGCGCCAAGAAGACUCCCACGCCGCCGGUCGUCGUGAAGACGACCACGAAGCAACUGUUGACCAAGAACGAGGACGGAGUCACGCACAAUGUGGAGCAGGAGGUGGAGAACCUGGGCACCGGCGAGGUCACCUUCUCCACUCACACGAACAAGGCGGAAAGCCUCGAGCCGCUGGAGGGCAAGAGUCCGUACGUGACGGCGCGAGCGGUCACCACGAGGACGGCGACCACCCACCACGACCUCGACACCAAGGCGAAGACCCAGCAGCUCGAGGAGAAGACGGUGGCCCACACGCUCACGUCGUCAGCCACGCGACAGGAGCAGCGAGUGCUCACUCAGCAAGUUAAGACGAUGGUCACCACCGGCGAUCAGCUGACCAGACGCGGCUCAGCCAGUUCACUGAGCAGUGGCGACUCUGGCACGCCGAUCGACUUGGACGAGGGCGCCGGCGAGGGACACUACUACGUCACGGAGCCGGGCUCGUACCACACGACGAGCAGCAGCACCGCCACCGGCACCGCCCCGCUCGGCGCCGCGCUGCGCGCCGCCGCCACGAGUACGGCGAGCGCACCGCCCACCGAUGAAGCCGCAGCUGGGGAGGUCGUCUCCUCACAGACCAUCAGCUCGAAGACGCGCACCGUCGAAACCAUCACGUACAAGACGGAACGUAACGGCGUCAUUGAGACGCGCGUCGAACAAAAGAUCACGAUUCAAUCCGACGGCGACCCCAUCGACCACGACCGAGCCCUCGCCGAGGCCAUACAGGAAGCGACGGCCAUGAACCCGGACAUGACGGUCGAGAAGAUCGAGAUCCAGCAGCAGAGCGCGCAGCCCUAGCCGCCCGGGCCUCCCGCGCCGCCCGCGACACGACACGCAACGCUCAUACCAAUAUUUAGUUUUGCAAGAAACAGUCGUAACUCUUCGUACUCGACAAGUGGAAGAGAAGUGAGUGAGACCCUCACUGAUAUUCAAUACUUCAUUUAUUAAACUGUGCGACUGCAGAAUUAACGUUUGUCGACGGCUCCUACACGAUACGAUUGUGGAAAUGCUCAGCUCGGGUACGUGCUGCGUUCACGAGUGCUCACAGAGGUUGGUCUCCAACGACGCUAAUGCCGCUCUAUCAUUAAACUGUAAACUUAAUUUAAGGAUAAUACCCGAGCAUCAAUUGCAUAUGACCACGGGCACUCGAGAAUGCCUUAACUUCAAUCAGGAAAGCUAAUUUUUUUUUUUGUAUAUUUAACGAUGCCUCAUUGAUAUUUGAGUGUUUUAGAUUUUAAGUGUACUUUGAUAAGUCGAGCCUCGACCGACAUAGCUUUAAGCUCGCACGAGUCAGACCACCGCCUGCCGAUAGUGUAGUGCUGCCCGCCGCCACCGGUCGCUGUAGCGACGCGCGACGCGAGCCCGCCGCCACCAGUCGCUACAGCGACGCGCGACGCGGGCCCGCCGCUCCGGUGCUAUUGUUGGAGCGGACGCCGCCGCUAUAUAUUUACUGCUGUAGUCCAGUCGCGGAGCAGAAAGAAUUUCGUACGUUAACCCGUUAUUUGAAGUCGUCGUGGCCUAAAGGAUAAGACGUCCGGUACAUUCGUAUCUAGUAUAGCGAGGCACCGGUGUUCGAAUCCCGCAGC